AUGGAAAGUUAAAGUCUCGAAACAUGUUUUAAAGCUUUUACCUCUGGAAAAGCUGAAAUGGACGGUAAAACCUUCGCUAAAGUAACCAAAGAUUGUCACUUAUAAGACAAGAAAUUAACUUCAACCGAUGUCGAUUUAAUUUUUGCAAAAGUUAAAACAUCAUCUGCUGUUCGUACAAUUACUUUCAAAUAAUUCGAAUCUGGUUUAUCCUAAAUAGCAGCUAAAAAAGGAGUAUCUGUUGAAGAUGUUAUAAAGAAUAUUACUUCAGCUGGAGGUCCUUAAUUUUAAGGUACUAAGGCUGAUUAUGUAAAAUUCCAUGAUGAUAAAUCAUAAUAUACUGGAGUUUAUGCUAAUGGAGGACCUACUAAUGUCGAUAAAGAUAAAAUUUCUGAUAUUUCUUAAACUUGUAAUAGAUAAGCUGCUGAUGUUAGAGGAACAUUAAAAAAAUGA